AUGACCUUUGAAGAAGUGUACUACGAGCCUUCGUCUGUCAAACUCACCUCCCUUGCAUCCACUAUCAACGAGGCAAUAUUGCAAUAUUCGCAAGCUGAGUCUAAGUCAGAGAGAGUAUCAGCUCUAAAAAUCAUUCAUGUGACAUCCCAUAAGCUUGCACAAUGUGCAGUGCAACCGAGACAGUCUCUGAUAGCAUUUCAUUUCCAACCUCACAAGGUUCUUUGUGUGAGGCUAGCCAUCGAGAUGCGCCUUUUUGACAACUUACCAACCUCUGCUCCUUUCACAGUUGAGCAACUAGCCAAGCGGGCAGGGACAGACGUGGAAUUCACUGGGCGUAUCGCGCGCGCUCUAGGGGCAUUGGAAAUUUUCGAAGAGGUUGGAGAGGAUACAUUUCAGCAGACCGCAUUGUCUCAAGAAUGGACCAAUAAGUUUAUGCAGUCAUAUACCAGACACUCAUGGGAUAAUGUUUUUAGACCCAUGUCGACAUAUAUUGAUUUUUUCAACACCACGGGUUUCGUGAGCCCCUCUGAUCGAUUUAACACGCCUUUUGCAUUUUCGAAGGGGGCCAAGAACAUGGACUUUUUCAGUAUACUCCAGCAAGAUCCCAAAGCUGUAACGACAUUCAAUGAAGCUAUGACAAGUUUCAAAGACAACUUGGGUGACCUAUAUGACUUUAGCAGCCUUCAAGCCGAGGAAAAUGAUGUCGUCCUAGUCGACAUUAGCGGCGGAAAAGGCCAAAGCAUCCAGAGCGUACAAUCCUCACAUCCAAACCUCAAGGGACGCUAUGUCCUCCAGGAUUUGCCAGCGGUCAUUACAGCUGGAGAUAGGGUAUGUCCCCCCAACGUUGAAGUACAACCUUACAACUUUUUUGAAGAGGUGCAGCCCGUCAAAGGUGCCGCGGCAUAUCUACUCAAGCUCAUAUUGCAUGACUGGCAAGACGCCGAAUGCAGAACGAUUCUCCGAAACUUGGCGCCGGCAAUGAGGGGCUACAACUCGAAACUUCUCAUUUGCGAUAUCGUUCUAUCAAAUAUACGGCCAGAUACACAAAAGGUUCUUUAUGAUAUCAACAUGUUUUUCAUCGCUGGCAAAGAGCGCAGUGUGAAGCAAUGGCAUGCUCUUAUGGAAGGGACAGACUUCCGGAUUGAAAGAAUUAUCGGGCUGGAUAACCUUCGCAGCAUCAUCGAAGUUGUGUUGCGUGAGUAG